AUGGCCGGCAAGGUUCGUCCGUUCUUCCGAGCCGCGGUGCUGCCCAACCGGUUAGUUUGUAGAAGCAUUUCGAGCCGAUCCUUGCCACUGCGCACAUGCGCUCCCAUCCUCCAUCCUUCGUCCACUCCCCUCCUGCCACGUGUCACGCGCGGAAGCCCCGCCAUCGCGGGCGUUAGCGCCAGAAUAGGCCAGGGGCGCGCACUGGCAGCGGCGAGCUCGCAAGGCGGAGCGGAAGCGAGUGGCGGAGCGGGCGCGGGCGGCGCGGAAGGCGAGGUUGGCGGGGGGAGCGGGCCGCGGCUGGUGAUUUACAGCCGCGACGGGUGCUGCCUGUGCGACGGGCUGAAGGAGAAAAUCGACACGGCGCUGAUGAUGGGGACUGAGAGCAGUGCGCUGGAUGGAUUGCAGAUUGAGGUGCGUGCGUGGUGGGGGGGGAAGGGAAAACGCGCAUGGGGAAUGUGGGAGAUACGCGGGAGGGAGGGGGAGAAGAUUGAUACUGCGCUGCUGAUGGGGUCGGAGAGCAGUGCUCUCGAGGGAUUGCAGAUUGAGGUGCGUGACAUAACAACGAGGCAGGAGUGGAUGGAGGCAUAUCAGUACGAGAUUCCGGUCAUGAUGCGCGUGACGGUGGACCAAUCAGGGAACACUGUAGAGACCCUUAUUCCCCGCCAGUCACCGCGGGCAUCAGUGGAGCGAGUGAGGAAGGCAUUAGAGGCCGCAUUUUCAAGUUCAAGCUAA